AUGUGCCUACAGUUCGCCGCCGCACAGCAGAUAUACGUAGCCGUCUCCAAGAUCGCCGCGACAUCGCACGAUGAGGGCAUGGUCAGGGAUGCUGUCGCAUUCUUCAAUGCGCUCAUCGACAGCGAAGAGGAGGACUUUCUUGAGAAUGACACGUUCGCUGUCUCCCUGAUGAAUUUCGUCAAUCGCGCUGUUGGUUCGGGAAGCAUGGGUGUGGGAGAAGACACCGAAGCUGAUAUCGUUGAGCUUCUGUUUGGAAUUGCCGCCAAAAUUAGAUUGCAACCAGAGAUACUGCCCGUGUGGUUCACCACUGCAUCUGCAGGUUCGAGCACACGCCCGGUGAACCAAAAGAACGACUUUGCGGGUAUCACACAGAAGGAAGACUUUCCCCUGUGCUACCAACUCAUUGAUCAUGUUCAUCACGAGGGUCGUAUCGGUGACUUUGCGCGUACUGGCUUGCUCUACGUCUUCGAGUCUGCGUCCAAGUCCAUCACGCUGGAACAGUGGAUCGUUAAUAGCGAUCUACCGACUCUCAUGGCUACUGGCUUAGGAGCAUCAUACAGUCAGCUCAGCAGGAAGCUGUCGAUUAUACACCCGCCUCAGAACAUGCCUCUAAUACUAUCGCUAUCCGACUACACGGAUAUGCAGCCUAAUUCGCAAGCCGAGAGCUUUUUCACGGAUGAAUUUCAAGACCACCUUGUCACCUUCCUGUCCUAUCUUGCGUUCUGGCAAGAUGUGCUUGAGCACUGCAGGUCUACAGACGUCAGACAUACUUUGAUUGAUCAUUUCCAGAUCCUUUUUCUGCAGCAGUUAUUAUACCCCUCACUUCUGGAGUCUUCGGAUGCCGACGGCGGUUCUUCUGUUGCAGUUCUUACCUACCUACGGCGUAUUCUCGAUGCUCUCGACCAUCCAGAGCUCAUACACAUGAUCCUUCAGUAUCUCCUGGCACUUCAGGAUCGUACAGCAGCAUCCCCUACGAUGCCACGAUCCCCUGCUGCAGUAAAAAAGCGGCAGUCCCUUAUGCUUCUCAGUGUGACUGAGCUGGACGACGAGAAGCUAAACCCAUCGCUCUUCAACUUGGUCGAUCUGGUCCUAGGUAGCACUGACUCUCCAAACUCGCAAACCGUUGCCGCAGCACUGAAGCUGGCAACCGUCGUACUCAGCAAGAACCACGGCUACGCCCUUGGCUCUAUGAUCAAGGUGAUACAUGUGCAUCAUGAUGAGCCGUACCGAACAGUCGGGGCUUUGAAUCUCGAGUUAGAGAUGUAUCUUCACCUUGCUAUCGACCUUGCCGGUGAGGAUGGUGUCGAUGAGUCUUAUGAAAACCAUCUGAAGGACAUACUGAGCAUGCUUGAGGGCCAUCCUUGCUCGCUCAAGUCCAUUUCACAGACUUCGAAACCUUCGCAAAGUUCGGGCUACUUUGACGCGGGCUACUUUGACUCGGGCGAGCCCACAGCUGGGGAGGUGGCCCCACAUUACCUAAUUCCUGAAGAUCCGCUGUUCAAGUCUCUCGUGGAUCUACUGUUGAGGUUUCUCACCAACAACGUGGAAACAAACCUGGCACUUACCGAGACCAUUGUCAGCCUGGGGGCUUGCUCGCAGCUGUGCCUGGAAGGAUGGCUCUCUGUUGACCCCGCGGAUUACCACUUUGAGGCUACUGGGCUUGAGCCUACCGAAUUCUCGAAUGAUAGUCUACGAGACAUGUACAAAGCUAAUAGGUUUCCAAGCUGGAGUCCAUCCGCCACUCCACAGCUACUUGCAUGUUUGCAGCAACUCGAAGCGCAAGUCGAUGCUCUGCGCGCGGAUAUUCCGGACUGGGACGACCAUGUUGCCAGUCGUAAGAACGCCUUUCGAUUCCAUGAAGAGUUGAACGACGCAACGAAGAUGCCGACACCUCAGCCAAAGCCUAGCCGUCAGCCAUCAGAAACAGGGUCUUCAAUGUCGCAAAUACCCAAACAUAUGCUCGACAGUUCCGUAACGCCAUUCCGGGCUCAGUCUCCCAGAGGAAGAAAGGAAGCACUCUCAGAUAAGAAAAAUAAAUCAGCCCCGUCUCCUGCUCCCUCCAAGCUCGGUGGACAGACACUGAUCGGUUCACCGUCGAGAACUCUGUCGCCGCUUCCAGCACCACAACCUGGACAGCGCAGUACCACGCUCAUCUCAGACAUCGACGCCAACUUCGCGGGUCUGAAGCAUUCCGAGUUUUUCAAGAGACGCAUACGCUUCUGUCGCCAUGCAGGUUCGCAGACCAUCGAGGUCAUGCUGUCCAAGUAUCUGCCUCCACCAAAGGAUGCCACUGACAAUGCCGUUGCUGGUGCCGGGCCAGAAGCAGUCGAAGAUGAAAUUUGGGAGGCUAGCCUCUUGCACAUUGUUACAAACGUAGUCCUCCUGCAGGAGUUCGUGCUGGAGCUAGUCGCCCUGCUGCAGGUCAGGGCGAGCUUGUUUAACGAAGUUCGUUUUACAUAA